AUGCCGCCGCUAGCACCACUCGAUAAGAUCGUGCUUUUUGGAGAUUCAAUCACCGAAUUGAGCUCAAAUCAGGAACAUGGCUUUAGCCUGGCUCCUGCUCUUCAACACGAGUAUCUUCGCAGACUACAGGUCAUCACCCAUGGAUACGGUGGCUACAACACCGAGCACGGGCGCCACCUCCUCGAUCCCAUCCUUGAUAUGGAGAUAGCAGGUGGCCAUGAAAUCCGUCUCAUCACCAUCUUUUUCGGCGCCAAUGAUGCUGCCGAUGUGAGCUGUACCCAGCAGCACGUUCCUGUCGAGCGCUAUGCGGAGAACUUGAAGUUUAUUGUCUCGAGAGCUCAAUCACGAAAAAUUCCCGUUAUCCUUGUGGCGCCGGCAAUCGCUAGCAGUGGCGAAGAGAGUCUACUCAGUGGCUUGAGCUCGAGGAGUCAACUUUACUCCGAGGCCGCCUGUAGUGUAGCCGAAGCGCUAAGUGUACCGAUCGUGAACUUGUGGGAGGCUUUCUCGCAUCAUGAGCAACCGAGCAACCUCUUCACCGAUGGUGUUCACUUGAAUGGCCAGGGAUACAAGGCUUGGUAUGAGGUACUACUUCAAACAAUCCGAGACCGGUACCCGGCGCUACGGUCCGAAAAUCUCCCUUGCAUACUACCAGGCAUUUUUGACAUCGAAAACAAUAAUCUACCGGAGUCUUUGUGGAAACCUCAUGUUUCUUAG